CCACCCUCAGCGGCCGGUCUUCUUUCUGCUCGCCCUUCUCAGCCCAUUCCAUUCCACCCAGUCACCCUCCGCUUCAACCGACACCAAGACAAUCCCUCGUCUGUCGGCCAAACUAUUCUCUCUUGUGACGAAUCUUCCAAUCCAAUUCUUGUUCCGUCCUCCACGCUCAUUUCGACUGUCGGCGCAUUUUGGCUCCCCUCAAUCCCACGGCCAGUCUCGCCUAUCAACCCCCCCGAAUACCGUUUGCAAGUCACCGCAAAUCCCUGCUGCUGCCGACGAAAAGCAAAACGAAACGCAUCUUUGGGGAAAUUGCGGAUACCCAGUCAACCGCCGCGACUUUUCCUCCUGGGCGACCGCGUGCCAAGCAACUCUUCGAGGAAGACUUGCCGCCAGCCAAGUCUGUCCCACGACAACACCACCGCGACGCAUCGAAAGUAGGAUACCGAGAAUCACCAUAGCAGACGAUGAAGGCCGCCCAGACACUGCCAGACUCCUCGUUAUAGUCUGUUCAAAAUGGGCGUCAGGGUCGCCAUUCGAGAACAGCUCGCCUUCCUUGUGGUGAUUGCCGUUCUCGUUGCUUUGAUGAUCCUCUCCGUCCCCGUCUGGAUCUAUGUCAAUCAGUUUGUCACCCAGGUCGAAGGGCGCGAACUCGCUCUUACUGCUUCGCUCAAGGCCUCACGCAUUUCUGCCGAGCUCGAACUCGUUCAGACAAGCAUCAUCACCAUUUCUUCCCGAAUCCUGAUUCAGAAUUCCUUGUUCACCUUCUACGAUGGAAACACCACAGACGCAAAUUGGGCUCAAGCCAAAGGCGAUCUUAACAGUGCGCUCAGCGUCGGCGGUCUCACGGGCCUAUUACAAGGGAGAAUCUAUUCACGGAACAUCACUGGCAACGGCUAUGGUCUACUCAACGUUACUGGAGAAAAGGUUCCUGAAAUCGCUUUGCCAUAUCCCGGCGCCAAUGGCUCCCAAAUUUUCCUUUCCGAUACCGCCGAGGGGUACCCGCCAGCCCUCUACCCGAACAUUACCUACGAAGAUCUAGGCCGUCAGAAUCAGUACAGGAAUAAUACUCGAGCUUAUGCAGCCAACGCGUUCGACGGAGUUAGGAUUUCCACAAACGGUGGUCUGCUACUUGGCCCUUUGAUUCUUAAUGAGACAACUGCCCUCAUCUCCAUUACCGUGCCGAUUCGUUACAACCAACAGCAGGAAUUUAUCCUAGGAUACAUGACGCUUGUCGCCACGGCGAGUUCUCUCAUCAGCAUCCGCAAUUCUCGUGAGGGUUUGGGGGAUACUGGACUGGUACUGCUCGUCGGGCCUACUGAGAAGUCGAACAGGUUCAAUUCCAGUAAUGCGGUCAGCAACAGCACCUACAAACCACCUACUGACGCACUCAACAACGUGCCGGUGAACUUUGUCCUUCCACCCAACCCACUAUCUGGGCAGGGUGACCGGCACGAUGAGAGAAGCUGGUCAGCGGGCAAGGACGACGACCCGUUCCCAAUGAAGGAUUAUCCGGCAGUUCUCGCCUCCUUUAGCAAGCAGAUCGCGGCACCAAACAACUCAAGUUCGAUGCUUUCUACGAAUAACGAACAGGGUCUUCCGGUGGCUGUGGGUUUUGCAAGAACCAACACCGCACUCGUUAACUGGACUGUGGUCGUGGAACAAGCCAAAUCAGAGGCCGACGCUCCCAUUGAGACAUUGCGGAAUAUUAUUCUGGGAUGUGUUUUCGGCACCGCAGGCCUCAUCAUAAUCCUCAUCUUCCCUUGCGCACAUCUUAGCGUGAUGCCCAUCAGGAGACUCAAGUCGGCGACGGAGAAAUCGAUCCAGCCACCGGGAUAUGAGGAUGGGUAUUAUUCCGAAUUCGAUGGCGACGAAACUCCUGGAUCGGGUGGAAUUUCAUCACGAACACAACGUUCCAAGAAGGAUGGCAUCAUCACCAGUAUCUUCAAGCUCGUAGGGUACAAGCCCAAGGAGAAACCCGCCUCAGAGCACGAUCGCGAUUCGACCCGACGCAUUUUCAAAAUCCCUGGCAAGGUCACUGACCGAAAACACUUCAUCACCGACGAAUUGACCGAGCUGACGGAGACCUUUAACGAUAUGAGUGACGAGCUGGUCAAACAGUACCUUUCCCUGGAUCAAAAAGUCUUGGAACGGACCCGUGAGCUUGAAAUCAGCAAGAAGGCCGCCGAAGCCGCCAACGAAAGCAAGACGCUCUUCAUUGCAAACAUUUCACACGAACUGAAGACACCCCUUAAUGGUAUUCUUGGCAUGUGUGCCGUGUGUAUGGAGGAGAGCGAUAUUCUCAGGAUCAAGCAGUCGCUCAAGACACUUUACAAGUCAGGCGACUUGCUACUUCAUUUACUCGAGGAUCUCCUAAGCUUUUCCAAGAACCAGAUUGGGCAACAACUGAACCUGGAAGAGAAGGAAUUCCGACUUGCCGACAUUAGAUCCCAAAUCUUGACCAUCUUUGACAAACAAGUCAAAGAAGGCCGAAUCACCUUGACCGUCAACUUCCUCGGCUCUGAAGCGAUCGAACUGAGCAGUAGCCCGGAAAGAACCAGCACCGACAACAGACUACCGGCUCUGGGACCGCAUGGAACCGGUAGAUUGAAGGAUAUGUGUCUAUGGGGUGACCAGCAUCGCAUUCUACAGGUCAUUAUCAACCUAGUGAGCAACAGUGUCAAGUUCACGCCAGCAGGCGGACGGGUUGAUGUCCGCAUCAAGUGUAUCGGCGAGGUGGAAACCCCACCGGCAAAUGAUGGCAGCCGGUCGUCAUCGUUCUCGAAGGAAUCUAGACGACAGGGCAGAGGCCGACACCGAACGAACAACAGCUCAAAUCCAUCUGUGAGCUCUAGGGGAGGCUCGACUUCUGAACCCGUCAAGGGCACUGCUCUAAGCAUUAACCCGAUGGAGCCCAAGUCAACACCUCACAUUCAGGUUCGGGAGCGAUCUCCUACGCCGCCACCACCUGGUGCGAAGGCCUUUAUAUUCGAGUUCGAAGUGGAAGACACCGGCCCCGGUAUUGCUGAACACAUGCAGCAGAAGGUCUUUGAACCCUUUGUUCAAGGCGACCUAGGGUUGAGCAAGAAGUUUGGCGGAACAGGCCUGGGAUUGAGUAUCUGCCACCAACUUGCAAGUCUGAUGGGUGGAUCUAUUUCGCUGAAAAGCACUGUCGGGGUUGGCACGACGUUCACUAUGCAAAUUCCCUUGAAAUAUGUCAAGGACAGGGCCUCGAGCACCGCUUCUAGCAGCAUCAAGUCUCGGCCUCCAAGUGUCGAUGCCAUCGAAGGCAUCGACAGUGUUCAAAACGCGAAGCGCAACUCCGGCGGGGCUCCCGUCAGCCCACCUAUCAAGCCAGCCGGAGAAACAACUGCAAAGAACCUACUUGAUCAACAACCGAGACUAGUCGGACUCAGCCAGCCUUUCUUCGCGUCGAACCCAGCGCCUAAAGCCAAGCGGAACACAAAACAGCAGCAAAUGGCAGCCAUCGAUCGGGCAAUGGCUACGAAGGCCAACAAGGAAGGAAAGCUACGGGUGCUCGUUGCGGACGACAAUUCGACAAAUAUUGAGGUUGUCAGCAAAAUGUUGAAGCUUGAGGACGUCUACGAUGUCACCAUCGCCAAGGACGGCCAGGAAGCGUAUGACCUAGUUAAGGCGAACAUGGAUAAAAAUCAAGGAUUCGACGUCAUCUUUAUGGACAUUCAGAUGCCCAAUCUCGAUGGCCUGCAAUCGACAAAACUCAUCCGCAAGAUGGGUUACAAAGCUCCUAUCGUGGCAUUGACCGCCUUCUCAGAAGAAAGCAACGUCAAAGAAUGCAUGGAGAGCGGCAUGGACGAGUUCCUGAGUAAGCCCAUUAGACGGCCUGCGCUGAAGCAGGUCCUCAAGAAGUUUGCGACGAUUCCGGAAGAGCCCGAAACAGCGAGCUUGUCAAGGAAAACGACACCAGAGAAACCCACGACGGCAAAGCCAGCAGCUGCUAACGGCAGCGGGCCAGCAGUUGCGCCGGAGAUGAACGAGAAAGGGGAUGCGAUCCAUCCGGUUGGGAAUGGAGCCGCGACUGCGCCCUCAUCCGAACAACCCCUAUCGGAGAAGGGGCCAUAAUUGACGCUUAAUGACUUUUCAGCAGCAGGCAGAGUGAUACUCGGUUUUGAGAUGCCUGACAGCACAUGUUCGCAUAGGAUUCCCCCUUUUCCCUUCGUUUGGAAGCGACAUACAAAAGUUGGCGUUAGGGCGUUGAUUUUUGUUUUUGAUCUUUUCACAUUCCCUUUUGUGUACGUAUUCGUAAUGACCCUGCUCGGUCUUCGAGGCACCGAAGCAGGGCUGCUCAGGCUAAGCUUGGGCAUGUGUCAACAUUCUCUCUUGGGAACGAAAAACGGGUUGGGAUGGUACACUGUGACCAGGUAGUAGGGGUUCGGUCCCCUUGAAGAAAAAGGGCGGGCAAACAUUCGUUGCUGGCAAGCAUAAGCGAUACAUCAGAGAGGGGAGGCAGCGACGCAUACGGAGGGUUUUUUAUUUUCUUUUCAACUUGUCAUAUGGGCGGCGUUCCGGGCGUACACGAAGAAAUCCGGACACGCAUAGGGCUUCCUCCUUCCCCCCGACGGGGCAUGGAACUCUGGGGAGGACAGGAGGGGUUGGCGAGCUAAACACGCACACGGGUGAAAGAAGACACGACGGAAGAGACACCAAGAGCAGAGCAGCGCAGCACAGAGAAGAGGGGAGAGAAAGAGAGACACGGAGAGAGAGAGAGGGACAGAGUUGUUGGACAUGGGUACAUUUUCAUGUCGAGUAAUG